UGCCGUGAGAACAUGAACCAACUCUAGACAAGCAAGACAACUCUAGGUCUGAAAACACCCUUAGAGUUUGCUAAACCUGCUUUUUGGAAUGGACCCUAGCAUUAAAAGGAAAAAUAUGUUUUUUUGAUUUUGACAUGAACUGUCCCUUUAAGGUACUCGCUCUGUAACUGAUAAACCAUGUUAGAUUGUUAACACUGAUGCAUCAAUGUGUGAGCAGCAUUUUACUGCUGCAGCUGCUCCAGGUGGAACCAUUAAAACUUCUUUACAUAGUUACAUUUUAUUCAUUUAUUUGGUUAUGUAUUUAUUUUUAAGAGGAGCUGUUGAACAGUUUUUCUCAAACACAGUUUUUAGGAGUGUUCUUAUAUAAACUGAUAUUCAGUUGAAUGUAUCCUUUGCUAAAACUGAAGCAUCCAUAAAUAGUUCAGCCAGUCAAAUGUUAACAUCCCAGAGUCUCCCAGUGACACUGCGCUACAUAAGGCACUGGCUCCCUCUGCUGGUGAAAUGGUGAAACUGUUGCGUUGGGCAGGUGCGUAACAGCAGCAAACUGAACUUCAAACUGUGACUUAACUUUCAGACAGAUUAAUAAAACUAUGAAAAAAUAAUAUGACGCUUAAUUAUAUGUUAAUGAAUUUAUUAAUCUUUAAGAAACCUGGAGUUUGCGCAAUUCAACUUAAGUCAAACAUAACUAAGAAAAUAUUACAUCCCUGAUUUAAUUAAUAAAUCAUUUCUUUUUUUUAAAAAAAACAAUUCUGGAUGUAUGUCCUUUCUUUUUCUGACUUUCUUCUUUAUGCUGCUCAGUGCACCAUGUUCUAAACAAAACAAAAAAACAGACCCAGUGGCCUUUGGACCAUUAGGAAAUAGUCUUAGAAUAAUGUUUAAGGUGGAUGAGUCAAGACCAAAAAUAAGAGUCCAGUCUGACCAAGAGCAUCAGGAUAAACAGACAGAGGUGGAAGUGGCCCUUCCGCUGCAACAAACCCGCACAUCUGCUUUGGGGGCGAGUUUCUUUUUUUUACGCAAAGGAUGUGAGCAGGAGUGGCACUCAGGAGGCUUUAAAUAGGAACUGUCUCCAAACUUUGGGACAUCAGAGCAUCUGAACACUUCCAGCAGCUCGCAGUAGAAAGCACCGGUUUGCCUCAGGAUGGACGUCAACAGGAGAUUGGGGGUGAGGGACACUGUGCUGGCGCUUCUACUCGCCGUGCUCCAGGGGUUUCAUCUCGGGGAAUCAGUCCCGAAUCCGUCACCGCUUGUGGGAUCCAACUGGGGGAACCCGAGGAGAUACGUCCACCUGCAGACAUCCACAGACCUCAACAACUUCUACUUGGAGAUCAGAUUAGAUGGCACAGUGCGCAGAACCACAGUCAGGAGUUCAUAUAGUGUGAUUUUACUGAAAGCUGAAACAAGGGAGCGAGUCGCCAUCCUCGGGGUCAAAAGUAGCCGUUACCUCUGUAUGGAUUUGGAGGGCAACCCAUUCAGCUCUCCCAUCUGCCUCAGGGACGACUGUCUGUUCAACCACAGACUCCUGGAGAACAACCGGGACGUGUACUACUCCAGCCGGACCGGCAUCCUCUUCAACCUGGAGGGCUCCCGGCAGGUGUUCACCGCGGGCCAGAACCUGCCGCAGACCUCCCUCUUCCUGCCCAAGAAGAACACGGUGCCGCUGGAGCGCCUCCUGCUGCACAGGGAGAAGAGGAAUCAGCUGGUGGAUCCCUCCGACCCGCACAGCGUCUACAUGGGUCAGACCGAGGAGGGCUCGGACUCUCGGGCCGUGCCGGAGGACGACGCCGAUCUGGAGGUGGAGGUGGAGGCAGGGGACGACGGGCGCAACGUGUCCCGGGAGACGCCGCUGGCUCCGUCCACCCACGACCCCUGGAACGUGCACUCCUCUAACUCGGGCAGCCCCCGGAGCACCGGGACCAUGGGGUGAUCUUAGUGGUGGCUGAUCCGGAUUGAUUUACUAAAGUGAGUCAAAGUUUAACCUUGUAGUUUGUCAUCAUGCCAGAGAACAAAACGCAUCAGACUUUAUUUUGAAAAGGAGAUUCAGGAUGUUCCUUCUUUUUCAUUUUGACUAAAUAUCUGAGUCAUCACUCACUCAGAAAAGCAGUUUUGACGCAAAAUAUUAGACUUGACUUGCAGCCCCCUUUUGCACAAUUUAUUCCUAAUUCUCUGACAUCACUGCAGAUUUAACAACUUAAAUCAAUAAGGCAUGUGUGUGAAUUAUCUCAUCAAUAUAAUGAGUAUUUUUUUUUACAUUCACAAGAAGUUUUGGUGAUAAAUUGAGCUUAAAAAAGGACUUUGAAUUUACAUCUGACUCUUCCCCCAUCAGAAACAGAUUACUGAAAAAGAAAAUCUUAGCUUUGUGCCAAGAUGAGUGAUCCAAAUCCAUUUCCCACCCCCAUCCAUUACAAUUAGUUGGCUCUCUUUCACACUGAGUUAUAGCUCUGAUGAGAAAUGGCCAUAAAAAUUGAUUGAAUUAUUCAUGUUUGGUCUCCCUGAAGAGCUACAUGAUUAAUUUUAGAGAGGAUGCAAUUGCUAAAGCAAACAAAGCCUUAGAAACUAAUUAACCAAACACUGAGGAGAAGUCAGCAUGUGUACCUUUUGUUGGUGGUUUCCUCUCAUUGAGGUUUUUACAGCUGGUCUGAGAAACCCACAUUUCAAAGUGACAUUAUCUCAAGACAGGAGCCGAACUUAGCCUACAUCUGGAGGACUGAAGGCCCUGUCUGUUGAUGUGAAUCUAGGCAGACAUGAUUUUAAAUCAAAAAUAUAUACAUGAAUAUACUUAAGAGUUGCAUUUAGUAGAGUUAAGGUUAGGCUUUGCCUGUAUUUUAGAGUCCUGCGUUUACUGAGUUGGAUGUUUGAUGUUUGUUUUAUUGUUAGAUUUCGAACCUAAAACCAAAAAACCCAAAACUUGUAAACUACAGAUCACUACAGUUACAGUAUUCUGUUAUAUUAAUGUGUCUGUAUUUGUACAAUCUUCCGACCUCGUGACUUGAAUGAAUAUAACUACAGGGUAAACAGCCUUUACGGAGCAGUAAUCUUGACAACAAAUCUGAACUUUCGCUAUGUGAUUUUACAGGUGCUGGGCACCACCAGCAAACACUAAAACCAGUCCCAAAGAGUAUUUAUUUAUUUAAUUCCAUUCCUUUGUUGUUAUUUAUGGUAUUUAUGAGGAUGCUUUACAGUUAAAUGUACAUAUAAGAAAACAUGGUUUGUCUUUGAAUGUAUGAGUCGGAGCUGUGGAUGAAGUGUUUGGGACAAAAUAAACUAUAAAGGAAA